AUGGACAUCUCAGCGCUUCAGGCAACAGCCACCCGCAUCCUCCUCGACCCCCACUACCAAGCGCCCCUCUCCCUCCUAAAAGCCCUCCGCAAUGGCCUCGUCUACGGCACAAAAGUCCGCUUCCCACACGCCCUCGUCAUGAUCCUCCUCUUCCGCUCCGGGCCCUUGCCCCAAAAACUCUCCGCCGUCCUCAAAGCCACGCGCCAACAUGCCAAAAACCUAGCCACCUUUGCCUUUCUCUACAAAGCGUUUAUGCUGCUGCAANAGAGUAUCAGACCUUCUGGCAAGGAACUGAAAAGUGAUUCAUUCUUGGCGGGGUUGGCGGGUGGAUACUAUGUCUUUGGGCGCAGUAGGAGUAGUGUAAAUCAGCAGAUUGUGAUUUACGUUGCCGCGAGGGUGGUGUUGGCUGCUGCGAGCUUGGCCGUGCAACCAAGGGGCGACAAUACACUACUAGGCGGCAAAUAUGGCGGUAGAGGAGGAAUGGGGCUCUUGAGCCUAUCAGACAAGAACAGGGAAGCUGUGAGGAAGCAUGCCUGGCCCGUGUUUGCGAGUUUGAGUUGGGCAUGUGUGAUGUGGUUGUUUAGAUUUUAUCCUGACAUGCUGCAGCCGAGUCUGAGGAGUUCGAUGACUUAUCUGUGGGUGUUGGUUUUGAUUUCUUUGGAGAGAGCCUCUGCUGACAUAAACGAUUCAGGUNACGAUAAUGCGGACCACUGGGAUUCAUGGAGAAACUUUUUGGUGCACAAUAAAUGA